AGCCUUUAAGGCCCUGAGACACAGAGCGGCCAUUCAUAGAUGGAGCGCGCGAGCGAGGCGGCUGCGGACAGAGACGCUGGAACCCCGGACACUCACGGACCCUCGCGCUCGGCGGGCGACCUCCUCCUCCAUCACUGAAGGUUUGGUGACGGAAAAAACGACAACAAAAAACCGAAAUCCUGAGCAGAAUCACCACAAAGGAAAGGAGGGAAGGUUGAAACAAGGAGAGACGUGGGGGCAUAAAGGCCGACUGGCACAAGAGGCUCGUAGCAGGCUGGUAAACUGGGGUCCAAGGUACGCACCGAGCGUAUGAUACCAACAACACGGAUGGAAAGAACUUUAAUGUGGAAUCCUAAUCGAGUUUUAGAGCGAAGACUGAGAGUAGAGACUGACUGGCACUUUAUAUUAUAAAGCCUAGCUUCGGGAGCAGUAAGAGACACACCCAAGAGAGGCAAAGAUAGCUUAGCGUUAGCUCCUGACUUCCACAACAUUUCAGCCCUUUGAGUCAGAGAGACAACCCCUCGGAGCGAACCUUUGCUAGGCAUAGGAGUAGAACUAGAGUUCAGCAUACAGAUUCAAUCACUCACAGCUACCAGCGGGCGCACCCUGACCAUGUCGGGAGAGGACCAGAGUCUGUCCGACGUGGACUUGAGUCCGGGGGUCUCGGAUGACAGCCACUCCCUGUCACCGGGUCAUUCCUCCGGCCCCACGGGCCGGGCCGACUCGCCGCUGCCGGGCCAGCAGUCCCUCCUGGGCGGUCUGGGCGACGCCACCGCCGAGGGCCGGGCGGCCAUGAAAUCGGACGAGGAGGACGACCGCUUCCCCAUCGGCAUCCGGGAGGCGGUGAGCCAGGUGCUGAACGGCUACGACUGGACGCUGGUGCCGAUGCCGGUCCGCGUCAACAGCGGGAACAAGGGCAAGCCGCACGUGAAGAGGCCCAUGAACGCCUUCAUGGUGUGGGCGCAGGCGGCCCGGAGGAAGCUGGCCGACCAGUACCCCCACCUGCACAACGCCGAGCUUAGCAAGACCCUGGGGAAGCUGUGGAGGCUCCUGAACGAGAACGACAAGCGGCCGUUCAUCGAGGAGGCGGAGCGGCUCCGCAAGCAGCACAAGAAGGACUACCCGGAGUACAAGUACCAGCCCCGCCGCCGCAAGAACGGCAAGCCCGGCACCGGCUCGGGCAGCGAGGCCGACGGCCACUCGGAGGGCGAGGGCCCCCACUACAAGGGCCUCCACCUGGACGUCACUCACAGCGGGGCCCGCUCCCCGCUGACCGACGGACACCACCCCCACGCCGCAGGCCAGAGCCCCCCAACUCCUCCCACCACCCCCAAGACCGAACUGCAUGCUGCGAAGGCCGGGGAGGGCAAGCGGGAGAGCGGCUCGACGUCGGGCUCCCGCGGCGGCGGUCUGGGGGCCGGAGCAGAGGGCCCAACGGGGGCUCCGGGCUCCGGGAAGCCCCACAUCGACUUCGGCAACGUGGACAUCGGGGAGAUGAGCCACGAGGUGAUGGCCAACAUGGAGCCCUUCGACGUCAACGAGUUCGACCAGUACCUGCCCCCCAACGGGCACCCGGGGGCCGGCGGUCCCGCGGGGCCCGGGGCCUCCUCCUACCCCUACGGCAUCUCCUCUGCACUGGCGGCGGCGAGCGGCCACGCGGCCGGCUGGCUGUCAAGCAGCAGCAGCAGCAGCCAGCCCCCGGCGCACCACGCCUCCCCGCUGACCUCCGACCCCUCCAAGACCCAGAUCAAGAGCGAGGGGGCCUCCGUCGGCGGGGGCCACUUCUCCGAGGUGGCGUCGGCGGCGGGCUCCCACGUGACCUACACCUCGCUCAGCCUGCCGCACUACGGCUCCGCCUUCCCGUCGCUGGCAUCGCGGGCGCAGUUCGCAGAGUACGCGGACCACCAGGCCCCGCCGGGCCCCUACUACGCCCACUCCAGCCAGCCCUCGGGGCUGUACUCGGCCUUCUCCUACAUGGGGCCCUCCCAGAGGCCCCUGUUCACCGCCAUCUCCGACCCGGGGAGCGUGCCCCAGUCGCACAGCCCCACCCACUGGGAGCAGCCCGUCUACACCACCCUGUCGCGGCCAUGACAGAGACUCAACAGCGAGGGCCCGGACCGGCCUGGACCCGGGCCCCCGAGGGCCCACUACGGUCCACAGCAGGGGGAGUGGGCUGGCCCCGGGACG